AUGGAUACACCAUUACAGGUUUCUCAACAAAGUUCAUCAGGAUCAACUAGUGGAAAUGUAAUUCUAGUUAAUAGUAAUGAUAUGAUUCAUCAACGAUCAAAUCUUGCUGGUCAACAAAUAAUUCUUAAAACAAGUUCAUCACCAACAUCUCAUACAACACCAGGUCAAAUUCUUCAAACAGCUGAUGGACAAUUAAUUAUAUUACAAACAGCUGAACAACAACAAACUCAACCUACACAAUAUGUACAAGUUGGAGGACAAUUUUUACAAAUAAGUAAUCUUCAAACAAGUCAACAAGCACAAACAAUAACAAUUCCAGCAAGUGCAUUACAAUUAACUUCUAAUGGACAACAAAUAGUACAAUUAUCAACACCAACAAAAAUGCAAUCAACAUCAUCAAAUGGUUCACUUAUUAUGAUGGUUCCAACUAAUUCAACUCAAUUACAAACUGUUCAAAUGCAAACAUCUAAUACAACAUCAUCAACAAUUCCAAAUCAAACACAAGAAACAACUGAAGAAGAACCAUUAUAUGUUAAUGCUAAACAAUAUAAUAGAAUAUUAAAAAGACGUGCUGCUAGAGCGAAACUUGAAGCUGAAGGAAGAAUUCCACGAGAAAGAAAACGUAAAUUUCUUCAUGAAUCUCGACAUCGACAUGCUAUGAAUCGUGUACGUGGAGCUGGUGGUCGAUUUGCUCCUGGAUCAAAACAAAAAGCAUGA